UAUUCAUCGUGUCGCGCCAGUGUGUGGAGGUGUGCGAGGGUUUUGCCGAGAUGAUGUUUCUCUACGGUACGAACGUUGGCGGAUAGAAGUGAUGCGGAUAUAAGAGAACAUAUUGCAGUUUUUCGAAAAAGAUCAGGAAAAAGAGUUGUUUCUUUCAACGAAUCCGAGAGCAGCCUCUUCAAGGCCACCUUUUUUUAUACUUGAUAUACACAAGGAUAAGGGCAUAUAGUAGAUGUGACUCCAGGCAAACCACUGUGUUUAUUUAGAGAUCUAUCUGCUACUAUCUAUGAUGAUGACCAACCAAGCUCCCACCUCUGCUGAUGCCUGCCUCAGCAUUGUCCAUAGCCUCAUGUGUCACCGUCAGGGUGGGGAGAGUGAAAGCUUUGCUAAAAGAGCCAUCGAAAGCUUGGUGAAAAAGCUGAAAGAAAAGCGCGAUGAACUGGACAGUUUGAUUACUGCUAUUACGACAAAUGGUGCUCAUCCAACAAAGUGCGUUACAAUUCAGCGGACGCUUGAUGGAAGAUUGCAGGUGGCUGGCAGGAAAGGUUUCCCUCAUGUUAUCUACGCCAGGAUUUGGCGCUGGCCAGAUUUGCACAAAAAUGAACUGAAGCAUGCCAAGUUUUGCCAGUUUGCAUUUGAUCUGAAACAGGACAGUGUCUGUGUCAAUCCAUAUCACUAUGAGAGGGUGGUGUCUCCAGGGAUAGAUUUGUCAGGCUUAUCACUACAGUCAAGUAUAACAGGUAAGAGCUGUGUAACAUUGAUGUCAUUUAAUAUGAAUUUGAUAAAUGUGUUAAGUGAUUUCUUUGUCCUGUAA